AAAAAAAAACAGAGUAUCGGAAAAAAAAUAUUAUAACAUGGCGGGCCAUUCGAAAAAAUUGUGGUUCAUUUUAUUAUUUUGUGCAUCAAUCGUAAGAACUGAUGAAACAUUAACUUCGCAAAAAUCAAUAGAAAAUGUAUCAGGAAAGCAGGAGGACAUCAAUACCAACGCAGUUGCUUUAUUUGAAAGAUUAUUUCAGCUCAAAAGAAGCGAUCAGAAAGAUGCUGUACAGCGAAUUCUGGCCAUCAAAUCAGUUGAAAAGCAGAACAAGCUUUUAAAGCUUGUCAUUACCAAGAUUAUGGAGGUUCUUAUGCAAAGUAGAGUCAACCUUGAAAGUUCUGGUUACCUUCCAGGAUCUGGAUUUCCUCUCGUAGAAUCUCUUCGGGAUGCUUUAUCAAGCAUGAUUGAAAACACUGCAUAUGGGGAUCUUGUGCUCUAUUUACCUGAUGCCACAAAAGCAUUCCUUAAAGAUAAUGAGUGGAAUACUAUUUUCAAAUGGAGUUUAAGUCUAUGCCAAGAAACUGCCUUUCUCAGCAAUAAUACAAAGAAAAUGUUGCACUUGGUUGCUCAAGAGUUAAACCUCAUUGAAAGAGAACCUGGUUACUUAAAUCCAUACGCGGAAACCAACAGAAGAAAGCCAGUUGAUUUACCCGAGAUUCCACAAAAAAAAAACGUGAAAAAAAAAAUAUCGAAAGGUCCUUCGCUGUCUGGGGCAAGAUUAAAAAGUGAACUGUGAAACCUAAAAAUGUUGUAUUUUUUUAAAAUAAAAUACAGAAUUAUCUGCUGGUG